AUUCUCUUUGGUUGAAACACCUAUUUCAAGUGUCAAAUACAAAGAUUUGAUCAAGUUUUUGUUGCAAUAAUACUGUAAUACGAUCAAUAAAAGAAAUAAAUGCAAUUAUAAUCGUAAUGGAUAAUUGAAUUUGUGAAAAAAUGUGCACUGUGGAACAGAUUGCUGAUUGUGGAGACAUUUUAAGUUUAGGAAGAUCUCUCUUUAUUCCUGAAAGAGAAGAUAAAAAUUGGCUAUCACAAUGUUCUGUCUCAUUGUCGCCUUGUGGUAACCUUCUGGCUGUGGGCUUCAAGAAUCGUUUGUGUCUUCUUACAACACAGUGGAUCAGUGCUAUUGAAAGUAACACUUUUAUUAUAUCGUGGAGUGGGACAUUACCUGCAGAAAUAAGUGCUAUUUUGGCCUUAUCUAUUUGCCCAUCAUAUCACUCUUCUCAGAAUGGACCUGAUUGGUUCUGCAUUAUUGUAGGAUUUACUAAUGGCAGUAUAGGAUUUUAUACUAAUACUGGCCAUUUGUUAUUGCUUGAAAAAUUGGAUGAUAAACCUGUUAUGAAGAUAUCAUGUCAUACAGGAACAUAUGGAACUUUACCAGAUGAUAUUCAUAUUUUGUUUCAAGGAUGCAUAUGCAUUUUGUCUGGGUCAAGUUUAUUUCAAACACUCCGAAAUGCAAAAGCACAGUUAGCCCGUGUUCAGGCUGGUGUACAAAGUGAUUAUGUUAUUGAUAGUCGCAGUAUAAAUAUAAGAAAAUGGUCAUUUACUGAACAAGAAUUGAUUAGCGAUGCAUCAGUUGUGGGCCUUGAAUUGAAAAAUACAUUUGAUCAUUUUCUGGCGGCUUCAACAUAUGGAGGCUAUGACACCUGGUACAGGUCAAUUCCUCCAGUCAAUAGUUUAAUAUUAACAGUAGGAACAUCGCCAUAUACUGGAUUUCAUUAUGCACUGGAAGGUGGAACAACACCACCACUGCAAGAUGUUGCAAGAGCUGUUGCUAACAAAAUAAAAUCUGCUUUGCCUGGCUGGCUGGGUGGUGGGUCAACUGAAAAUAUGGUUGCAAAUCCUGAGCCUAUCAUCCGAUCGGAGACACUAUCGAUGCGUAAUGGUAUAUAUGACUCGCAGCGCCUCGGGACAUUCGUAGCUAUAUCUCCGGAUCGCCGGCUGGCGGCGUUAGCAGACAACUUGGGCCGAGUUGCGGUACUGGAUGUCAACAGUGGAUAUAUAAUUCGGCUAUUUAAAGGUUAUAGGGAUGCACAAUGUGCGUUUGUCCAGAUUUUUGAUACAGAUAGCAAAAAACCGCAACUGACAUCAAUAAAAGAAAUAAGAAGAGCUAUAUUUUUAAUUAUUUACAACCCGAAAAAGGGCCUUAUUGACAUUCGUCUAAUGCAGAGAGGCACGCGUGUUGCAGUCUUCACAGCAACUAAAAAUGGUCAACUUCUAUACAACAGCUGUGGUUUGGUUGGAGCCGAAAAAAAUUAUAAUCAUAAAAAACUUAACAUGCCCGAAUUUCAAUGCGUUUUAAUAGACCCUGAUGGUAAAUUGAAGAAAUUCAAUAUACCUUUCUAUUAUUCUUUAGAAGGUGAACAUUUACAACGAUCCAAAGACUUGCAUGUUUUGCGCGAAAUACGCGAAAUUAUGAAAAAGGAACAGUUGCUCUCUGAGGAAUCAAAAAAUGAAAUAAUUCAAAAGGCAACAAAUUUUAAAACAUUGGAAAUAAGGAAACAUUGUAUGGAUUUAUUUAUAAGAAAUACGAAUAUGCCAAGCGACGUUCUUACAUCUUGUUUAGAAAUAUUUUGGGAGAGUGUUGAGAAAGAAAGCUUAAACAGUCAAGUCCAAGAAACUAAGAAUUAUUUCGCUAAAUUGGCUUUGCUGAUUUUCUUUUUUAGAAACAUUAAUGACGACGCUUGUGUUGGUAUGGAGGGGAUAGUAGAGAAAGUAUGUGAAGAUUUAAAAUUGACACAUACGAAAAAUGAAACCAACGAAGAAGAUGAAACAUGUCGAGCUUUUCAUCUCUUGGAAGAUGAUAGUUGCAUAUUGGAAAGAUUAUUGAUUUUAGCACAGGAAAAUAAUUUUAAGGAGUACCAACCAAGGGUUUCUUUUGUGGAUAACAAUACAAGUUCUUAUAAAGAAUUUAUGUCUUAUUUUGUUUUCGAUAAGACAAGCGAAGUUAUUACAUUAAAACCUGAUAUUGCUGCUGAAAAACUCGACAAUUUGGCUGCUAAUAUUUUUAAAUCUAUCAUAAAAUUAAAAGAUUUUUCCAAUUUAACAAAUGUAGUAAGAGAGAGUCAUAUUGAUUCUAAAGAGAUAGUCAAACUGGUAAUCACGCAUGUAAUGAACAUGUCACUAGAUGAAAUUAAUAUUGAACUAAUCGAGAACAUUAUUGAAAUAUUAUUUUAUCUCUGCAAAGUUACCGAGGACGCAACGAAUAUUAAUUACAAUGAUAUUUCACCUUGGUGGCAGAAUAUUCGCGACUUAUUAGUCGAAAUGCGAUGUCCAUUGAAAAGUAUGAUAGUAGCAAUGGCUUGUAAAGCGGUGGCUAGUUUGUUUGAAGGCAAGACGACUGGAAGAGAAGAUGCUUGGGAAUCAGUGACAAAAGAGAAUGCAAAAUGGGGUCUUUUAAUUGGUAAAUUAGAGGAUAUUUCAGUACUUAGCAUUACUUUAAUGUUUAAAGGAACUUUUAAAGGAAAAACACUACCUAAAUUGUCUGUGGAAGAUUUCAAUAUUAAUUUAAAAUACAUAUACACCAGAGGAAAAGGAUCUGUGACCGAAUUAAUAGCAAAGUGGCUUUGUAGUAUGGGUGUACUGCCCGAAGCUAUAAUUGCUAAUGAACUAGUUGAUCUAUAUUCUGAGACCGAUAUAGAUACUGACGACGAAAGUAGUGAAUCAGCGCAAUUGUUUUUAGUAAAUUCACGGGCAUAUGUUGAUGACAAUCAAAAUUUGUUUAAAUGGCUUUCUCUCCUUCGCCGACAGUUCCCGUUGAGUACAUUAGCAGACUACAUUAUUGCUAACAUGUGUUGGGAGUACGCAAUAAAUUGGCAGAAAUCUAUGCAAGCAAAUGAAAAUAUAAAAGCUGUUCUCCAUUGCCUAAAACAUAUAUCUAACUUGCACCUUCGUCUUGGUUUGUUUUCUAUCAUUUGGUCUACGUAUAUCAAACAUAGUUUUGAAUUGACUUGCCGUUUAGUCAAUAAGGUUGGUAAACUGCCAAAAGAUCAUCUUUGCUUGCAGGAUUUAGGAUUCAACAGUGAACAUUUGAAAAGUUUUCUGCAAGUCGUAACUCAAUACCUUCGCGAUUUUCACGUUUGUUCCACCACAGCUAUUGACCAAGAAAAAAAAGUCAUAAAAUAUGAGAAAAUAUGGGAUGAGAGCAUGCCGUCAUUGGUCGAAGUCGCCCAAGAUGUGAAAAAUGUUGAUAAUGAUAUACUAAAUCUUAAUUAUCAAAUAUCUUGUACAAUCUACUAUCAAUGCCAUUUUAACGUGAAAUUCCCGAAAGCUUUGGACACAUUAUUUGAUAUGGAUUAUCAAUACCUUAUCGAGGCUCUAGUUGGAAAUAUUGCUCAGAGAGAUAUAAAUAUGAAGCCUUCUGGAAAAAUGGUUAAUCCUAGAAUGAAAUUUUUAACGAAAUUAAUACGUGCUGCGAUUGAUACCAUCACUUGUGUGAAUAGUGAUGAAGCAAAUCUACUUUAUAAUAACGAGGACUGUUUGCUUUGGAUGGAAAAUAUUACUACUUUAGCUGAAUUAUGGAAUGUCAAUGAAAACUUUGUAAAGCACCAAUAUGUCGUAGGAUUGUACCAUAUGGGUUAUGAUACGUUGGCGCAGACUGUAGUAGGGUCGGUAGCGGAUCCUGAAAUGUUAUUGGUGCCUAUUGUAGCCAUCACUAUACAAAGGUUGAAACGAAAUCUUGAAAAGUGUAAAAAUCAACCGGAAUGGAUUGUCACAGUACCACCACAACUUUACAAACGGUUACAGAAUACGACUUUGGAUGUGUCUAUACCUGCUAACCCUUCUUUAACUACAACAAUGGUAAUACUGCAAAUACUUUUAUCACAAGUGGAUAAAAAAAUGUCCACCGAGACAUCAACUAACUUUCAAAAUAUACAUUUAGCAGAAUUGAUUGUGGAAACUUGUGAAGUGUUAAUACGAAGAAAUUUAGGGUAGUAAAAUUGAGACCUAGCGAUGCUAGUUUUUACAUGAAAAAUGAAAAAAUUUCGGCGUUGAGAAAUUUACAUUAAUUCAAAAUUUCGCAGGUUUUAGAUUACACAUAAUGCAAUCAUUAUAGUGUGUAUUUAAAAAAUUAGAUGAGACUUUUAAAAUGUAUUAAUUAAGAACAAUCAUAAAAUAAUAAAUAUAUAAAAAUAAAUCCCUGUAUGAAAUAAAACAAAUGAACUGCCCAAAACUUU